CGACUGAUUUGUGACGUUUGUACUACGACUACGUUAUUUUUUUUUUUUACUACGUUAGUUAAGAGAAGGAUGUAUAGAGAUUCAUUAACGUCAUUAAUUUAAUGCAUCCUGUUUUCAAAAUGGCAACUUUUGGAUAAUAUUUAUGAAACAUGAGGGCGUGUACCAGAAGUUGUUUUCCAUUUUACAUCAGUAAAGAAGAAUAUGCAUAAUAUAGAAACCAUUUGAUUUUAUUUCUUUGUCUAAGGGCAGUGGUGAAGGACUUUGCAAAUUUUGCCAUUCGUGUUCGCUGACAUUAUUUAAUGAAAACAAAAAUGAUCGACCGCUGUUGCCUGAAAUCAUAGCAGAAAGUAAAAGAACCGCAAUAAACAGUUACAAACUUUUGCUGUGAAGCUGAUCAGGCUCAACUUUUUGGUAAAGAUAUACACAACAAGAUAUACGCAACUAUUUACAGAAUGCCUUGGGGUGCGUGUGAUUGGUUUACUGCUAAAUACUGUUUUAAAACAGAACAGUAAAAUGGAUUCUCCGAAAAAUGGGUUUAUAAAAGGGCGGUAUAUUUUGUCAGUGGAUGUGGGUACCACGAGCAUUAGAGGUCACGUCUACGAUAAAGAAGCAAAUAUUAAAGGCUCCAGCAGUGAAAAGAUUAGUCUUCUGUACCCAAACCCUGGGUGGGUUGAGCUGGAUCCAGAGGAGCUAUGGCUGCAGUUUGUCUCUGUGGCAAAGGCUGCUGUGCAAGCUGCAGGCCUACAGAUGAAACAAAUCACAGCCCUAGGCAUUUCCACACAGAGAGCAACUUUCACUACAUGGAGCAGGAAAACAGGAGAAACAUUUCACAACUUCAUCAGCUGGCAGGAUCGUCGAGCUUCUGAGCUUGUCACAUCGUGGAACAAUUCCUUCACAAUGAAGGCGCUCCACGGUUCAUCUAAAGUUUUGCACUUCAUUACCAGGAGAAAACAGUUCCUGGUUGCAAGUAUCAUCACAUUUUCAACACAGCAUGUCACUUUCCGCUUGGCCUGGGCAUUGCAGAAUUUAAAAAAGGUCCAAGAAGCCGUUGAGGAAGGAAACUGCUGCUUUGGAACAAUUGACACCUGGCUGCUGUACAGACUCACCAAAGGUGCUGUUCAUGCUACAGAUUAUUCAAAUGCAAGUGCCACAGGGAUUUUUGAUUCUUAUCAGAUGUGUUGGAGUGGCAUGUUGUGCUCUCUCAUCUCGUUGCCAUUGUCAAUAUUCCCUACUGUGGAGAACACUAGUCACAAAUUUGGCUCAACUGAUACCAGCAUCUUUGGUGUGCCUAUACCAAUAAUGUCCUUGGUUGCAGACCAGCAGGCCGCCAUGUUUGGAGAAUGCUGCUUUGACACAGGAGAUGUGAAAAUCACCAUGGGAACAGGCACAUUCAUUAACAUCAAUACUGGAAACAAACCUCAUACCUCUAUAUCAGGGCUGUAUCCAGUAGUUGGCUGGAAAAUUGGACAGGAAGUUGUGUAUUUAGCUGAGGGCAAUGCAGCUGACACAGGCACUGCCAUUAAAUGGGCACAAGGACUGGAUCUCUUCUCAGACCCUGCAGAGACGGAAGCCAUGGCUAACAGUGUGCCUGAUGCUGAUGGAGUCUGCUUUGUGCCAUCUUUCAGUGGCUUGCAGGCACCCCUGAAUGACCCCCAUGCCUGUGCUUCUUUUAUGGGCUUGAAACCUUCGACAACCAAAAGCCACCUCGUACGAGCCAUCCUGGAAUCCACAGCUUUCAGGAAUAAGCAGCUUUAUGAAAUUAUGAGUGAAGAGACACACAUUCCAAUCACAAAUAUAUGGGCUGAUGGAGGCGUGUGCAACAACAACUUUGUCAUGCAGCUCACAGCCGACCUUUUCAGCAGAAAGAUCAAUAGACCAAGACAUUUUGAUAUGUCAAGCCUCGGGGCUGCUUUCAUUGCAGGCCUGGGGAUUGGGUUCUGGAGUAGCAAGGAAGAACUGAAAUGUCUAGGAUGCACAGAGAAGGUUUUCUACCCUCAAAAUGUGUGGAAAAACUACAAACCUGUCAUUGACCGCUGGGAAAAGGCUUUGACACGCUCAAUGCACUGGUAUAGCAAACCAUAACUUUUAGUGAUCAGAAAGGAUUGUUGUAAUUUACCUGAAUGUGAGUCUGUGACAAGUCUGCCAACACAUUCUGCAGAUUAUGCAGUCUUUAAAAAAAAAAAUAGAUAUGUUUCAGAUAUUCUAUAUUUCAUGUGUGUAAUUCUUUUUCUUAAGAAAACAUUAAGACAUUGCAUUUCUAAAAGCUCAAAAGAAAACUGGAUAUUUUCUAGAAAAUGCUACUAAACAAAAUGCGUUUAAAGUAGUUUGUCUUAACACUGAAUACUGAUCACGUUCAAUACAACAAUAGUUACAGUUAACCAACUGUGGAACAAUUGUAUGUCAUCUACCAGCCAUGGUGUUGCUAGAUAGUAAUAAUAGAAAUUCAUGUUCUUUCGUGAAACUUGGGAGGUUUGGGUCUCAUUAAUAUGAAGUGGUGCAUUCCUGUUUAGGCCAACCUUAACCAGUUUAACCCUUUAAGGGCAAGUAUUGAGUAAACCAAUAAUAUAACUCUUGGUGAAUUGUUACUAUUUUCACUAUAUCCAUGAAAGGCAGCCCACGGUAAUGGUCCUGUAUUUACCCAAAAAUUAUUCAAUUGAAUUAUUAUUGCAUUGUCCUAUGAUGUAUAGGAGGCUGUGUGGUCCAGUGGUUAAAGAAAAGGGCUUGUAUGGAGGUCCCCGGUUCAAAUCCCACCUCAGCCACUGACUCAUUGUGUGACCCUGCGCAAGUCACUUAACCUCCUUGUGCUCCGUCUUUCGGGUGAGACGUAAUUGUAAGUGACUCUGCAGCUGAUGCAUAGUUCACACACCCGAGUCUCUGUAAGUCGCCUUGGAUAAAGGCGUCUGCUAAAUAAACAAAUAAUAAUAUUGCAAUUUUCUUAUGCAAGUUGUAGGAACAAUUGAUUAGUUUAUUAUUUUAAAUGAUAUAUAAGUUGAUUAGAUCCAAUCAAAAUAUUAUAUAAGUUCAGAGAUUAUGGAGUUACUGUGAACACUCACACCAGACAAAAGGAAAGUUAAAUUAACAGCAGCAGUUUAUUGAAUACAGAAAUCAUUUUAAGUGUGUGCUAUGCAUCAAAGAUAACUACUAGCACCACACUUUCAACAUAGCUUAUCUCAAUAUACUUGUCCACAAAUAGCAAGUUUACUUUAAAAGCUCUUUGUGUGCUGACAUGAAGUCAUCUAACUUAGUUACUUAUCAAGUUACUAUGUAAUUAAGUUACUAUGUAACUCUAACGAAUGCAAUUAGCUUUCAGUUCAACUAUAAUGUAAUUAGGUUUUAUGUGGAGAAUGUAACCUUGUUCAUUUAUACUCAAAAAGUCCUGGGCAACUCUGACUCGGUAGCCAUCAGGUUUUAGAAUUUGAUUAGUUUAAUUGUCCUCGGUCCACGAUGAUUCUUCAGUCCCCAAUGGGAUCAACAACAUGGUGCUUAUGCAUUCUCCUCUUUUUAAAUUCUUCAACCACAAAUGUGGCCUAGCACAGUGUUUUGGAUCUUUAGUAGUCCAGUAGACUUAGACAUGUUUGUCUGAACAGUGAUAUACAACAGCAAAAUUACUGUGCAAAAAUACUGUGGUAAACUUUUGUCAGGGUAAAGGAUCAUUUUCACAAUUUCACAAAUUCUGUAUAAAGUACUGUAUCUGUAUAUAUGUACAUGUGAAAUAGUACACAACUGUCUACUCAGAGGAGUAUAUAUAGGUGUGUGCAUCUCUCUUGUCAUAUAACAGGACAAGAAGAUGAUUUUUUGCUCAUUAGAAAAUCUACUGAUCUGGGAAUAAAAUAAGAACCGACCUUUUCUUUAACAAAUUGUUAAAUGCAUCUUCACUUGAAAGACCUGUUUGAAUGGGAGUGUUCUGUAUUGCAUGUGCAUUUUACAUACUGUAUUAACAUUUCCAUCUGUGUUCUUUGUAUAUGUAAUCAUGGACUGUAAGUGUUGGGGCAGAUGGAUAAAGAACUGGGGAAGGGGCAUUGUUGAAUAGAUAAUCAUCUGUCUUCCGAUACAUGAAAAUGAGCCGUCCAAAACAAGGAACCUGUAUUGUUGCGUAAUAGAUAUGCACAAAUGGAAUAAAAAGUGCUACAUCUGCUAAAUCUGUUAACUAUAUGAAAUAGAGCUAAAGAACAAAAUGAGAAUCAUGCACAUGUGAGGUACUCUGGAGUGUGUACUGAUUGCCCUGUAUGUUUCCAAAUGCAUUUCUGUAUUAAUACAAAUGGGUUGUUUUGCUUUAGUAUUGUGUUAUAUAUUGAGGCAAAUUUCUCAUUUUGAAAUCACAGGGGACUCAAGUCUUUUAAAAGCAAAACAAAAAAAAUGGAAAGUUCUUAAAUUGUUAAAUUACUUUAAGUAAUCCAGCCCAAAAUGCCUUAAAAUUAAUGUUGAUAAUAAAAUAAUAUACAGUAUAAUGUAAACUGUAUUCUCUGUUCAUUAUUCAACAAAUGAGGGAAGCAGACUUUUCAUAAAAAUCAAAACAAUCAGGAUAGGGUACUUUCGGAACACCAAGUGAAAUGGUAUAGGUGUUGCACUAGAGGGCGCACUUCCUUAGGGCCAGAACCUAACAAGUGCCACAGCAUGGUGUUGGACUGGAGGACAGUGCAAAUGCAAGUGAGAUCAUGAUCAGGGGCACAGCCACAGCUGACAUUCUACCGAGGUGAAACUUAGGCUAUAGCUGGCUGUAUUUAUAUGACUGCUUGGAAAUAGCUUUCAUUAUUUUACAUCCCAAAAAGAGUGCCAGCUCCUGUAGUCGUACAGUUAAACGCAAUAAAAUCCACGCUUUUAAGAGCCAUUUGUUGUGCUGCACGAGAAUCCAUUGAUACAAAAUAUGUAGGACGAGUGGAAAAUUCUUUAAUGACGACCCAUUAUUAGAAAGCUGUGGUAAUAUAGUGCCAGUGUAGGUGCCAUACUUUUGAGUGCCACUUCCCUUACUUGCAGUCACACAGAAAAGGACAUGUCCAUAAUGUACUGUAUUUACAAUAGAAGCACUCAUGCAAAUAUGCUCUAGGCAGCCAGCCAUGAGUUCUCAUGGUGGUAGAGACCACGCCACAGCAAUGAAUAGAGGUGAAGUUGGAAUGUACAACACCACCCCUUUACUAUUGUCAUUCCUCUCUGGGAUGUUGAAACUGAUCUGCCAGGCACCUUGCAUAACACAUUCCUGAGUGGAACACCAAAACCCUGAUAUGUAUGAACUGAUAGCAAUAACUCAGACAAUGUAAGCUCUGGCCUCGACAGUCUUGGCACUUAAACUAUCAACUGCAGUGUGCAUUUUCCCAGUUUCAGAAGUGUGUGCUUCCCUGUGUUCUGAGUCUAAGCUUUGGCAGUAUUAUGUGAAUAUGAGUUUUUCAGACUGGUACCCUUCUCUGGUAAUCAGAAAUUAAAACCUUGAGAUCUCUUGUGAAAUCUACUGGUAAAAAGAGGUUCUUUUAUUUAUUUAUUUGAUUGAUUGAUUUAUUUUUGCUUGGCAUGAACACAGAAUAUGAUCCGUCUUAUUGUAUAUUAUGUUAACUGCAAUGCACGUCUGAGACAUCGAAAUACAGACGUUUCCAGGCACAGCGUCAAAAGCUCUUUCCAUGUAUUUAUCCUACAAGGGGAUGCUCUGGCCACAUACAUGAUUACCUAUAUCUUCACCACUUAUCCAGCUGUGAUGAACUUCUGCAUUGGCAUUUCGUAGCACGAGUAUUGAGGGAAUUAUAAAAGGCAUAAUAGUUUUUUGCUCAAAAAGAGCCAACUUCUCAACGUUUCGGUAUGUUUACAUACCUUUGUCAAUGACACAUCUAUUUAACAAGAAGUCUCUCUUUACGUGUGGCUAGUGUGCAUGCCUUGAUUAGUCCCAGUUUUUUGAGGCGAGUGUUUACAUCUCUGGAGAAGCAUCCAAUCUGCUUCCAUCUUGCGUCGAGCAUCACCUUCAUGCGUGUCCAAUCAGAGACGACAGCUUGCAGCUACCGCCAAGCUUGUGUGCGGAGCCUGUGCUGGCAGGAAGAGGCGAGAAGGGGGAGCUGUUUUUUUUAUAGUUAUCAAUAACAUAAACUUGAAGAAGCAGUUAAUGACAGCUUAUCUUUGAACAGGAGGCAUAUUUGUCGAGAAGUCAUUUGCAGCAGCUCCACUACGAAUAUGUCGUUAUCUGUGUAGCUGUGAACAUGCAUUAUUGGUAGAAGAAAGAAAUUCCUUCGUAAACUUCGCAGAAUGCUUAGGGUCAUUAUCCUGCUGGAAUACAUACGUCCGGCCAAUAAACCUUCUAGCACUGGGAAAUAUCAAGCUUGUGAGACUUCAAUGUUAUGGUGCCAAAAGAUUGUUCUGUAGCUGCAUAAUAUGGCACUCAAUAAGAUGGCAAAGACUGUUGGAAGAGCAAACAUCAAUGGAGACUUGAAAGCAUUUCUAGACCAGAACCAAACCCUUGCCAGAAGCAAUAUUUCAGUGGUUGCAGUCCCAAUUUCUUCUAAUUUGUACCCCUCAGAAAAGAUUACUUUAGCACCAAUAAACGUGAAUGUUGGACCCCAGAUG